GCAACGCGCCGUGCACGAGGGACCAUGGCGUGGCUGCUGACGGCGCUGCGCGAGGCGCAGUACUCGCUCGAGGACUGCUACGAGGACUACGUGCGGGACCUGUACGAGGACUACGUGGAGGACAGCGGGCUGCUGGAGAACCUGCCGCUGGCCAGCUGCGUGCUGCUGGGCCUGCUGUCGGUGGCCGUGGUGGGGCGGCUGGUGAGGGAGACCCGGCGAGCCGAGGACCUGGAGGCGCUGGAGGCCGGCUGCAAGGAGGCUCGCCUCGCCGUCGUCAUGCACCGCCACCUGGCCGCCGCGGUGGGCGCCUCCUCGGCCGCCCUCGAGGAGACCUGCAAGCGGCUCUCGAGUCCACGCGGGCCGCAGAGGAACGUCUCUGCCGGCGCGGCAGCCAGGGACGCCCGUCCGGCGACGCCCUCCUCCAUCCCGCGGCCCGUCGCGGCGACGACCAAGGGCCGGCGUCCUUAGGCUCCCCCCCCCCCCCAGCCUCAUCGCCCGGCGCCCCUUCGGACCCGCUCGGGAGGAUUCCUCGUGCGACCCGCGUCUCGGAUCAACAGCCAAAUCGUGCCGCGAGCAGCGCACACUGUCUUCUUCUGUCUUGUACCUCUGUAGCCGUUGAAAUUCAAGUAUACUACUCUCAAAACAGU